AUGCCUGAAAACAGCCUCAUAAAUGAAGCAUAUAGAUUGGCAAUCAAUAUGGAUAACUUAAACGACAAUCAUGCUCAUGGAAGUGCGCCACCAGAGUCAUUUUCUGAUUUCGCUAACAAAAUGGAACCAGCGCCCAGUAGUCUGUCACGGUAUUUAGACGGUGAUUUUUGGGAGGUCAAAGAAAAACUUCGACAUUAUAUAGGUGAAAAUGAAUUGUUCAAUCUCAGGUUUGAUAUGUCACUUUCUGAGAAUAGAGAAGUUACUUUGGAAAGAGCCAAGAACCUGCUGAGAUUUCAGGAUAUCCAAUCUCAGUUUGAUGAACAGGCUGCACAUAUGAGAGGUUUUAUGAAUAAAAGUUUGGCAAUUGGUGAUGUAGUAUCAGCAACUGAUAUAUCUGUUGGAGUGAAGAUGGGUGUAAUGGCAUGGUUGUUUGGUGGAGCUGUGAUGAAUCUUGGAACUGAGCAACAUAUAGAGCGGUUCUUACUUCCCCUUAAGGAGUUGAAAUUUACUGGUAUGUUUGCUAUGAGUGAAAGAGGACAUGGUAGUAAUGUCAGGUCACUACAGACACAAGCACACUAUGACCCUGAUACUCAGGAAUUUAUAAUCAAUACUCCAUGUGAAGAUGCUGAGAAGAUAUUCAUUGGUAAUGCUUUGCAAGGAAACUAUGCAUGUGUAUUUGCACAGUUAAUAAUUAAUGAAGAAUCCAAAGGACCACAUGCAUUUAUUGUGCCCAUUAGAGAUGAGAAUGGCCUGAAACCUGGCAUUAGUGUCAUAGAUGUGGGAUUAAAAGAAGGACUAAAUGGUGUUGAUAAUGGUCUAUUAUCAUUUCACCAUGUGCGUAUUCCACAUGAUCACUUCUUGAAUAAAUUUGGUGAUGUGAGUCCAUCUGGCGAGUAUACCACCUCCAUUCAAAGUAACAGUAAACGAUUCAAUGCAAUGUUAGCAGCGAUGGUUGGAACUAGAAUUGCAUUGGCAUUUCAAGCUACUACUUCAAUGAAGGUUGGUUUGGAGAUAGCCAUUGAUAUGGAUUAAAGUGAGAAACAGUUUGGCCCCUCAAAUGAUGCAGAAUAUUUCAUUUUAGACUACCAGGCACAUCAACUACGACUAAUGCCACACCUCGCUGCAUGUCUUGGUCUGCUCUUUGCUCAGAGAUACACCGGUGAAAUACUUGAUACAGCUUACCAUGAACAAAAAGAUGUACCGGUAGUUGACAAUAGAUAUCUACAAGCAUUGACAUCAGGAUUAAAAGCUUACAGUACAUGGCAGAGCAUUAAGUGUCUGCAGACAUGUAGAGAAUGCUGUGGUGGCAUGGGUUACAUUGCUGAAAACAGACUUUCCAGUCUGAAGAACGAUUCAGACAUCUUUGUAACAUUCGAUGGUGACAAUACAGUUCUGAUGCAGCAAGUAGCUCGUGAGAUUUUAGAUUAUUACAGUAGUCAGUUCAGUAGCAGCAGAGUGAAAGGAAUGCUCUCAUUUAUGGGUGGAGGAUUGUGGUCUUUGGUACAAACCAGCUUAUUUGCAGUGAAUACAUUACCAGUGGUCAGUGUGGGCUUCAUCCUAAAGGCAAUGUUAUUCAGAGAUGCCAAACAAAUUAGAACAUUGGCCGCAAGACUUCUAAACAAGGUUUCAACGAAAAAGGAAGAACCAUUCAGUGCUUGGAAUUCUUGUCAACAUCAUGCAGUAACUAUGGCAAUGAGUUUCCUACAAAAAGUGGUUUUGCAGCAAUUCAUCAUUGCAGUUGAUAAGUGCCCCUACAAAGACGAUAAAACCAUCCUACACAAGUUCUGUAAACUGUAUGCUCUAGACUGUCUUUAUCAAGACAGGGCAUGGUUUCUGGAACAAGGUUACAUCAAAUCUUACCAUGUCAAAGAAAUUCGUCAAGAGUACAUUAGGAUGUGUGCUGAAACAAAGAAAGAUGCCUUACAGGUGGUUGAAGCUUUCCGUUUACCGCGUAACUGUGUACACGCACCUAUUGCCGGAAUACCAAGUCUGGUAGCACCUUGGGCUUACUACCCUGAUGGGGAAACUGAGAAACCGCCUGCAGAAAUUUCUAAAUUGUGA